AUGAGUUUGUCAGAUUUGAAGAACAGCAUCUUGGAGAAGCUUGGCGUGUUGGGUAGCAAGUGGGUGAAGAAACUAUUCUACAAGAUUCCCAUGGCGGUUGUCUCGACCGGUGUUCAGUAUGAAACCUUUGCAGUUAAGGCUGAUGAAGAUAUUAGGGUUUUGUUCUACUGUGUAAGGAGUUUUUCGGAGAUCAGAAUCCAUGAGUUGUUCGCGAAGUUGGAGGUUGGUGUCGAUAGUUCUAGGGCAUCCGCUCCAGUUCCUAGCCCAACUGCCGCAGUUCAAUCACCUUCGUUUGCGGCUGAUUUAGACCGAACGGAGGUUGUUGGUUCUGUACCUUUGGAGAAUGCAGCAGUCAUUGAGCCUCCCCACGUUGUGGGCACCGGUGGUGGCCUGGUACCUUAUAUCGAAGACUUUGGUGGACCUGAUCAAGUAGAGAAUGCAAUGCGUGACGAUGAGUCUGACCAGGAGCCUGUUGAUAUCGUUGGUGACAGCGACAAUGACACAGGUGGCGAUCCACAUGCGCAGCAUCGGCCUUCAAGUUCUGGUUCUCAUCAGUACCCUCCACACUUCUCCACACUAAACUUGGAUGCUCUUAGUCAACAGGAAGACGGUAGUAACACAUUGAGGGGAUCUUCUACAGAAUUUCAGAUUGGGCAAUCAUUCCAGAGUAAAGAUGAAGCUGUGCUGAGUGUCAAGGACUAUAGCAUCCGGCGAGGUGUUGAGUACAGAGUCAUCGAAUCAGAUCAUUUGAAGUAUCAUGGAAAAUGCAAGGAAUUCGACAAGGGUUGUAGUUGGUUGAUUCGUGUAGCGCUUCGUGCACGAAAGGGCACUUGGGAGGUUAGGAGGUACAACGGGUCACACACAUGCCUCGCAACUUCUAUUUCAAGUGAUCACCGUCAGCUGGAUUACCACGUUAUCUGUGCGAGGAUUCUUCCUAUGGUUAGGGCAGAUGCUGCGGUUACGGUAAAGGUAUUUCAACAAGCGACAGAAGCCGAUUACGGUUUCAGGCCUAGUUACAGGAAGGUUUGGAUGGCUAAGCAGAAGGCAGUGGCACAAAUAUAUGGAGAUUGGGAAGAGUCUUACGCGGAGUUGCCACGUUGGAUGCUAAGGGUCCAGGCGACAAUGCCGGGAACAAUCACGGUGCUGAAGACGUCUCCUGUUCGGAUUGGUGGUGGGGUUGAUGAGUCCACGGUGUACUUUCACCGGCUUUUCUGGACAUUUCCACCCUGUAUCGAGGCAUUCCGGCAUUGCAAGCCCAUCCUCAGGACGGGAACUCGAACAUCGUCCCGAUAG